GCUCGGUGUUAUUGGUCGUAAUCACCACAUCAAUUUAAAAAAUACUUGCAAUGCACUAAUGCAGCCAGAAUCCAAAUUCUUAUUGCAUAAUAAAUUUGGAGAGUUCUAAUCAAUGGAGUUAAAAAACCUCCGAUUGAAGCUGUCAUGCUGUUUUCGUCUUAAUUUUGUCGCACUUAAUCUCUACCUUUAAAGCUUUAAGAGGUUGUUCAUCAUCAUCCACCGAUGAUUUUAGUUCAUUCGGAUAUAUCGUCAUUUGUUAAACUAAACGGUGAGACAACUUUUAUAGAACCGAUAACAGACUUUUUAGUCUGAUUUAUUGUUUUGCUUUAUAAUUGUUUUCAGGUUAAAUCUGUGAAAUGUUUCCAUAUAUUAUUUGACAAUUUACCAACAAAUACUUGUACCAAAGGACUAGGAGCGAGGAUAGUAAUGCAGCUAGAGCUAAAUUUCUUUCUUACUUUCUAGUCUCUUCCUAACCCAGGCCGCUCUAUUAGUAUUUGAAUGGAGAUCAUGCUUUUGCGAGUAGAUCCAAAUUAUCAGUGUGUGGCAUGUGACAAGGCACCAGAGCAUUGUCAUAACAAGAAUGCGGGAGCUCAAGAAGGAGCCUAGUCACCGAGCAAUGGCAGUGGGUCUAGACGAGGCAUCAGUGACCAGAAUAUAAUUGUCAUAACAAGAAGGAGCCGAGCAAUGGCUUUGAGUCUGGAUACCUCCAGUCACCAGUAAAUGUGAUAUGAAUUAUAAUGAUUAGGCAGCCAAAGUCGCAAAUUCGUGUGACACAUUAAGGAUAAAGGACUCAAAUAGGAGCACGUCCCUCUUUCCGUCCCUCUUUCUGUCCCUCUUUCCGUCCAUCUUUCCGUCCCUUGAUGUAUUAAAGCAUUUUCUUCAUACCUCUCGCCGGUGGUGCAAUGCUUAUAAACACUCGUGGAUUAAGCUGUUUUCGACAGAAAUUGAAAAUGUACAGGUGUAUGUUAUAAUGUGAACAAUAUAAAGAUGUAAUCAGUUUUUAUUUCUAAAUUCGGUUUAACGUCAGCCCUUGUUAUUAAAAAAACCCCAUAUUAUUUGGCCAAUAUUUUAAACUUAAGUUUCAUCACCUCUACAGUUUUAAGUCAAUUUACCAUUGAACUAAUAAUGCUCGGCCUAGUUUUUUAUUUUAUAGAGUUGUAAUCAAGUUAACUUUGUUGCAUUUUGAAUAUUUUACCUGAUAUUCGAAAACAUUUAAUUUGUAUUUAUCCCAGUUAUGUCGACUAAUUUAGACGUGUCCGUUUGUGUUCUUUCUAGUAAUCUCUAUUUCAAUUCCUGUUUAAUUCCUGUUUGAUUCCACCUCAGUUUGAAAGAAAAUAUGUCUGAAAAUAUAAGGAACUUGGGAGACAAACUAGGUCUUGCAAUAGCUUAUUCUGCACUGCUGGUCCUGGCACUGGUGGGAAACUCUACUAUCAUUGUCAUCUACUUCAAGUGGAAAGCUACAUUCAAGAUAUACAAGGUUACCUAUAUAUUCCUCCUCUCCCUCACCCUCGCAAACUUAGCAGUGGCUGUGGGAGUCAUGCCACUUUCUAUUGCUAGUCUCCUAGCUGGACAGUGGGUAUUUGGCACUACUAUGUGCACUAUAAAUGGUUUUAUCUUCACGUGGAUGGCUACAGCCUCCAUUCUCACUAUCCUGCUUAUCUCCUUCCACCGGGCUACUGUAGUCCUUUCACCCCUCAGGAGGAUCAUUAAAACAGGACCUGCCCGAAUAAUGGCGCUAUUUGUUUGGAUAUUCUCUCUGGUAGUGCCGAUACCUCCUUUAGUCGGAGUUUCCACCUACGAGUACAACCCUACUCGCGCUUUCUGCAGAGUGAGGUUUGUCUCGUACGAUGCAGACAGAGCAGCUAACAUUUACUCCAUGCUAACUGUAUCCCUGUUCGUAAUCCUACCUCUGGUGAUCGUGUGUAUCCUCAAUAUCGCUCUCUACAGGGUAUCUGUCAGGUUGCUCCAGAACGAUGGUAUGAUGCAGAAACGUGGUAUGAAGAGAACUAAUUCGAGCAGGAGAAUCUCCAGAACGAUAAGGGGCGAACUGAAGGUCAAUACACCUCAAGCGUUGUGUAUCUUCCUCAACUCAGCUCUUAAUCCUUACAUCUAUAUCUACGCCAAUAAGGAGACCAGAUAG